AGAUGUGAGAGAUGCUAGAUUUGUUUUACAAUGUAUUCUGGUAGACUGCUUCAAUUCUCAAUAAACCAUGUGAGCAUGUUCUUUGGUUAUAGACCGCGCCCCAGCGAGCGGGCCGCCUCACCGGCGCGCCACAGCGUGCGGGCCGCACAGCCGCCGCGCCACCGCGCCGUCAGCCCGGCUAGCAACCCCCAGCGGCUCGAUGUGUUUCUAUUUUGUAACAUCUCUUUUAUCCAUUCAUUUACUUAAUUCAUGUGUUUCUUUCGUCUUAUAAUCCUUAAGUUGAUACUGCAAUCCGCCUCAUGUGAAAUUGAUGUGUCAAUCUGACAAGCACACUUGUAUUCUAGAUGCUAUAAUCAAGCAAGCGAACUGGGACUGCUCUAAAAUGCUAGAGAAAUUUCGGCGUGAUAUCGAAGAUCAUGCACUUUCAAUUCGUGAAAGCAAGCUAUCCGAAAUGACAAGACACGCUAAGGACAAACUAAGAAAAGCACUUGCUGAACCUGUGGAGUCUCUAUUUGAUGCUGCAGACCAAACAACCUGGCAAUCAAUAAGAAACAUUUACAAACGUGAGACAGAGGCCAUCCUACCAGAGUUUCUGAAUAACCUUUGUCAGUUUGAAAUGGAAUAUGCUCCAGCAGAAGAAAUGGUAUCCAAAUUAAAGGAUUAUGCCCGAAGUGUUGUGGAAAGUAAAGCUAAAGAGGAAUCUAGCAAAGUAUCGAUCCAUAUGAAGGAGAGGUUCACAACAGUGUUUAGCCAUGACAAGGAUUCAAUUCCAAGGGUCUGGACAGGAAAGGAAGAUGUUCGUGCAAUAGUAAAGGAAGCUCGAUCUGCGGCUCUCAAACUUCUGUCUGUAAUGGCAGCCAUUCGCUGGGAUGACGAGCCAGAUAGGAUUGAAAGCAUCCUCACUUCAACACUUCUAGAAGGCUCUGUUGUAUCAAAGAUUGCAAGUGCUGCUUCUGCUGAUCCACUUGCUUCUACCACUUGGGAAGAGAUUCCUCCAAAGCAUACAAUGAUUACCCCGUAUCAGUGCAAGUCACUAUGGAAACAAUUUAAAGUAGAAACUGAGUUCACGAUUACACAAGCAGUAUCCACACAGGUGUGCAUUUCAUACAACAUAGCUUUGAUUUCUGAUAUCAGUCAGCAUGGUGCUUAUUCUUGGUUUCAAUGAGAUCAUGGUGCUUAUUAGGAAUCCCAUUUAUCUGUUCUUGCUAUUUGUGGGCUACUUGAUGGUCAAAGCUUUGGCGAUGCAGCUAGAUGUCAGCAGAGAAUUCCAGAAUGGAGUGGUAUGAUCUGAACACUUGAUAUAACGUUCCGCCGUCGCUUCAUUCUUAUUGUAACAAGAACGUCAUAUCGGUUCAUGAGUUGCCUCAGCUCUAUCCACUUUGAAUUAGGCUCAUAACAAGUUCGACGACCUAUUAUAUUAAGUUCGACGGUUUUUCACCCACAUUCUUUAACCAGUUUCAUGUAGUGUGUAGCCUCCCCAAACCGGAAGUCUACUGCCUACUGCCUCGCAUUCUCACUUGGUAUGUAGUUUCUGUGGUAUAAGGUUCCAAUAGAUACCAUCAAGACUCAGCUUCAGGUAAAUUUAAUUGUUCUUCUGAAGGUGUGAUUAUGUAUCUUUGCAGAAACAGUUUCUGUGGUUUCAGGUUAUGGACAACUAUAGUAAGGAUAGGCCUUCAGUCAUGAAAACUACUAGGCUGUUGCUUGAUGAAGAUGGCUGGAUGGGCUUUUAUAGAGGUUUUGGACCAAGUUUUCUUAACAUGUUUGUUUCUCGCCUAACAAAAUAAUAAUAAGAUGGGAGUCUGAUA